AUGGGUCUUUUAUUGGAAAUCGUUGUGAUUUGGGUUUGGGUGAAAUAUUUUACCGAAAAAUCUUCUCCUAGUACCAAAAAUCAGCAUUCAUCAGCUGAAUACCCAAACAGCGUCGAUGUUGAACCGGAAGUUUGUCAAGACACCAGACAGCGGCUCACAGUGGAUUCGGAAAUGCUAACAACAACCAGCAUUCCCGAUGAGCAAUUCCAAACAGAGGAGAAUGGCAAGUUGAAAAGAGACAAUGAACGUUUGGCAAAUCAAGUUAUCCAACUGAAACUUGAACUUUCCACGUUGAGCUCAGAACAUGACGAGGUACGUGACGAGCUAAUUUCUACCAGGUGUGAACUGUAUGCCAAAAAUCGAGACAUCACCAACUUCGAGAAAACCAUCUCGCACCUGAAGAACAACCAAUCAGCACUGAAUGUCGACGACGUUGAUGAUUUUAAUCCUGCCAACACCAAGUCCGCACUAGCACAGAACAACGUGAUACUAGUCCCGGAACAGGAGGAUAAGUCGACUCAAACCGUGGAUGUGCAACUUCCUACGACGGUCGUUGAUAACAGGAUUGAGGAACUUGAAGAUCAGUACAAAAAGAUAUGCGCUCAUAAUACAUCUAUGCAACGAAAGAUGAGAGGGUUCCACGCUGCCCGUAAUAUUCUUCAAAGCGCAAACGAAAAGCUUGUCCUCCAACUAGACAGCAAAGCAAAAGAACUUGAGGAAGAAAAAGCCUUGUCAAAGAAGAAAAUCCAGGAGUUAGAAAGCGACCACCAGGAAAGCGUCGGAAAAAUUCGACAAUACUACCAAACUUUGCUUAACAACAGAAACUGCAAAAACAAUGAACUUGAAGAAAUUAUCUCAGAGUUGUACUCUAUAAUUGAUGAAUGCGAAGAAAACCACCGCACUGAGAUGGAAGAAAUGGAUACGAGGUAUUCAAAAGUAAUCGAUGAACAAAACGAACACUUGAUGCAGCUGGAGUCUAGGGUUGCCGAGUUGACACAGAAAAACUGCGAAUUGAACGACACUGUGGACGAACUAGAGCUCAGCUCUUACGCGCUACCAGAUUACUACAAGAUUCUGAACGUGAAAAGGACAGACACCGACGAAAAAAUCAUGAAGUCCUACAAAGAGAAAAUUCUACAAGCCCAUCCGGACAAGGUCAAUCAGAUACAAACAGAUGAUGUUGAAAAAGCGUUGAUGAAGGCAAACCGACUAAGCCAGGCACUUAAUCGUGCAAAGGACUUAUUAAUAGAACCGAGACUUCGGUACCAAUACGACAGCUGGUUAGACAUGACGGAGAUCAAGAAAACAGAGAAGAAAAUGUGGGAUUAUAAAGCGUUUGAAGAACGGAAACGUUACAGGAAUUAA